UUCAAUCAGAGACCACUCUUUGUUUCUUUCUCAUCUCUCAAAAACUCAUCUUUUUUUGUCAUCUUCUAGUGUUAAUGGUAUAUUCUUUCAUAUAUUUAGGCUCCCAAAUAUCAAAGAUAUGUCUGGUUUAAGUGCUGAUGAUGCAAUUUCAAGCGUUGUGAUCGAAUCAUGCCAUUGCUUUUCACUAGCUGAGAUACAAUCAAUGACCAACAAUUUUAAUGAAGAACUAGUUAUUGGGAUGGACGGAUUUGGUAAGGUAUAUAAGGGGUUCAUUGAUAACGGUGCUACAAUUGUUGCCAUAAAGAGGUUGAAAGCAGAGUCCAAUCAAGGUGUAGAGGAGUUCUGGAAUGAGGUCAAGAUGUUGUCUAACCUCCGACACACUCAUCUUGUUGCUCUGAUCGGCCAAUGCAACGACUGCCAAGAAAUGAUCCUUGUUUACGAAUAUGCGGCUCGUGGGACCCUAGCCAAUCAUCUCUAUAAUAGAAGUAGAAACCAAACUGAAAUUAGUACUUUUCAUCUCACAUGGGAGUGGAGGCUCAACAUUUGCAUUGGUGCAGCACGAGGGUUAGACUACAUUCAUACUGGUACUGAUCAAAGUUACAUACACCGAGAUGUGAAGACUACAAACAUUCUGUUGGACAAGAAUUGGGUAGCCAAGAUUUCAGAUUUUGGGCUGUCUAAAGGCACUACAAGCAAUUCAGCAACCCACGUUAGCACGAGAGUCAAAGGUACAUUUGGGUAUUUGGAUCCAUAUUAUUUCUAUACCCACAGACUAACCAAGAAAUCUGAUGUGUAUGCCUUUGGUGUGGUGUUGUUGGAAAUGCUUUGUGGGAGGCCGCCUGUGGAUGAAAGACUCGAGGAGGAGGAAAUUAGUUUAAUCCUUUGGGCUCAACAAUGCAUUAAAAAGGGAAAUGUUGAUCGAAUCAUUGGUCCCUCAUUAAGUGGACAAAUAACACCACAGAGUCUAAAGUAUUUUGUAGAAGUUUCCUACAAUUGUUUACAUAAUCGUCCAAAGGAAAGGCCUACAAUGGCUGAAGUGGUGGGGACUCUUGAUCUCGCAUUGGUGUCACAACGUAAAGGAAGAACAGAAGGAAUAAUUGGAAAAGUAUUUAAGGGUAUUGCAAUUAUGUCAAAAGGUAUGAAUCAUUGGUGGAGGGAGAAAAAUGAAGACAGUUCUCAUAGUGGACUGUCAAAGGAUUUGUUUUGGGAACCACUUUCAGAUGGUUUUACCCGAUCACACUGUCAUUUCUCACUUGAUGAGAUUCGAGCGGCUACAAAUGAUUUCAAUGAGGGACUUUUGAUUGGAAAUGAUAUGUUUAAAAAUGUGUACAAAGGUUGCGUAGAUGGGGAAUCUAGUAUUGUUAUGAUCAAAAGGUUCAGUGCCUUGGCAUUGCGAAAUUGGAAAGAAGUUAGGGCUAACAUUGAGGUACACCCCUGCUCGAGAAUCACCCCACAUAGGCCCCGUUUGGUAGAGAUGUGGGAAAAUAAUUAUAAAUUAUAGCUUAACAGAUUAUAACUUACAACUGUGGACAUAAGCUGGUAACCUGUUUGGUGCAACUGUGGGAUUAUGGA